AUGUUCUGUGCGAAGAACUUCAAACAGGAUAAACCUGAACACCUAAUCACUCCGAUCGGGUUCCACGCAGCUGAAGCCGGAGAAUACAACCAUGCCCGAGCCCUAAAGCAGACUGAAGGAUAUCUUUGGAGUAGCGAACAAAGUUCACCCCGCCUCGACCUGACCGAACCAACAAGCUGCACAGAAAUAGAGAGCCGAGGACUUGGUGUUGGUGUUGGUGUUGGUGAUGGUGCCGCAGUUGGAGUUUCAAGUCUCAAGUGA